GACCAGAAGAUGGCAGUAAGGCAACAAAGGUUAACGAAGAAGACACUUCCUGUCUUGCGCAGAAGCGACGUGAAUCAACCAUGGCGACGGCGGCAGCGAAGUCAACGAAAGAGCGGCUGUUGUCUGUGUUGGACGAUUUGGAGGUUUUAUCCCGAGAACUGAUCGAGAUGUUGGCUCUGUCCAGGAGUCAGAAACUGCCCCAACCGGGAGAGGACAUUCAGAUCCUGGAGCUGCUGGUGCAGAGGGACAGGGAGUUUCAGGAGCUGAUGGAGGUGGCUCAGCAGCAGGGGAAAGUGCACCAGGAGAUGCAGCUGCUGGAGAAGGAGGUGGAGAAGAGAGACAGCGACAUCCAGCAGCUCCAGAAACAGCUGAAGGAGGCUGAACACAUCUUGGCCACUGCUGUUUACCAAGCCAAAGAGAAACUCAAAUCCAUCGAAAAAGCCAGGAAAGGAAGCAUCUCUUCAGAAGAAAUCAUCAAGUAUGCCCACAGGAUCAGUGCCAGUAACGCCGUGUGUGCGCCUCUCAACUGGGUCCCAGGUGAUCCACGCAGGCCCUACCCGACUGACCUGGAAAUGCGCAGUGGGAUGCUGGGUCACAUGGCCAACCUGCCGACCAAUGGCGUGAAUGGACACCUGCCCGGCGACGCUCUGGCUGCUGGGAGGCUUCCUGACGUGUUGACGCCUCACUACCCCUGGCAGACGUCAGACGUCUCAGUGGGGAUGCUGCCUCCUCACCACGGCAACGACUUUGGCCUGGAGCCUCCGGGUCACAACAAGGAGAACGAGGACGACGUGGAGGCUAUGUCGACCGACUCUUCCAGCAGCAGCAGUGACUCCGACUGAAAGACUGACAGUGUGUGUGUGUGUGUGUGUGUGUGUGUGUGUGUGGGGUGGGGGGGCAGGGACAGGGACACCUCUGUUCAUUUGUAUCUGAUAUAUGAUGGAGGACAAAAAUGGAGCUUGUUAAUUUAAAGGUCCAUUCAGUAGUUUUUCACAGGACCUGUUCCACAGUCACGUGGUGGUCUGACUUUGUAAACCUGAGUCUUCAUUCGUCUUCUCUGCAGAAGUUCAGUCUGCCUGUUUGUCACUGAUGGAGGAGCUCAUUCCUAAAGUGGGAUCAUUAAACCCCCAUUUAUUCUCAUUAUAUCAGCUGAGGGCUUGAGUUCCCCACAUGUCUCUGAUUUAAAAUGUGCCGUCAUUAAUUUCAAUCUGUAGAAUGAGUCAGUUUGUAGGAGUAGCAUUGAUUUUUAUAUUAAGGAGGAGCCUCUGAAGCUCAUUUGGCUGAAGGAGCAGGAUGGACCAGCGGCUGCAGGUCUGAAGACAUUGUUAUUGUGACCAUAAUGAAAUGAGGCUUCCACAGUGAUAUUCUGGGUGGUAGUUUGAGGGUUUUGACUGCAGGGAGGAAACGGAGCCGUGUGUGGGGGAGUCAGUGAACAGCGUCUCAGGGUUUUCGUGUGGCCCAGCUCCCGGCCUGAGAUACAGCAUGUUUUUAAAGAAAUUACGUUUUUGGAAGCGCAUGUUCACUGUCUUGCUGAGAGCUGAUUAGCUUAGCUUAAAGACCGGAAGCAGGGAAACUUCACUCUGUUCAGCAAAAUCUGCUGUGAAACUCACUGAUUACAUUGUGUUUGUCUAAUCUGUACAGAAACUGAAGUGUAAUUUAAGGGCUUGGCAACCUCAAGUGCCACCAAGGUGGAGCCAGACGAGCUUUGUCCCCAUUUCCUGUCUUUGUGCUAAGCUAACUGGCACGUUUAAAUGUGGAACUGUUGCGAAGUUUACUGGUGAACUCUGUACAUGAAGAGAGAAUUCAUGAGCAACAUCGUUGUGUAAAAACAGGCUGGAACUGAAAACAAAACCGAACCCAGACUUCUCCUUUGGUGACUCAUGUUGAAACAAACUUCAUGUGCCAUUGUUCUCUGUGUUCCAGUGAAGUGAGAGUGGCUGUGUAGCAAUGUGGACACAUGCUGUUAACUUACCUCUGUGUAAAUACGCUUGUACAGACUCGGCCUUGUAAAUAAAUACUUUUUGCAUAGAAA